AUGAUGAAUGGAGGAGGCUCUCAUAGUUUACGAUCAGCGUUCUCUUACUGUGUACAACAAGUACGAAACUAUGACUACCAUCACUACCUCUGCCUCCUCGAACUCCCACCUGAGAUGCGUAAAGCCGCCUUCGCACUCCGAGCUUUCAACGUAGAAACCGCAAGAGCCAUGGACGUCGCAUCCGAUCCCAAGAUCGGACUCAUGCGUCUACUCUGGUGGCAAGAAGCAAUUGAGAAACUCUACACCAAGAAACCCAUAAACCAUCCAGCCGCACAAGCUCUCUCUUGGACGAUAUCUGAGCACAACAUCAGUAAACCGUGGCUGAAACGCUCGGUGGAAGCUAGAAUCCGAGACGCUCAGAGAGAAGUGGAGGACAUGCCAGAGAGCAUCGAGGAGCUAGAGAAAUACGCAGAGGACACUGUUUCGACUCUUCUCUACAAUACACUCCAAGCAGGAGGGAUUAGUUCAACGACAGCUGAUCACGCAGCUUCACACAUUGGUAAAGCCAGUGGUCUCGUCUUGCUACUGAAGUCCUUACCGUACCAUUGUACCAGAAACCGUCACCAGAGCUACAUCCCUUCGAACCUCGCUGAGAAGCACGGUUUGCUUGUGAAACAAGGCGGACGAUCGGAGAUUCUUCUGGAUGAGAACUCAAGAGAAGGACUAUGCAAUGUGGUGUUUGAGAUUGCGUCUGUCGCUAAUGUACAUCUCUUGAAAGCCCGUGAACUCGCCGGAAAAGUCCCCCCGGAAGCUAAACCGGUCCUGCUCCACUCAGUCCCGGUACAAGUCCUUCUUGAUUCUUUGCGUAAAGCACACUUCGACGUCUUUGAUCCUAAGAUUCAAAGAGGUGUUCUUGGUGUUCCUCCACUUUGGUUUCAGCUUAAACUCAAAUGGUACUCAUGGAGAUCUAUCUUCUGA